CAAACGACCAGGACAGAGCUGGAAAGAUGGCGGCUGGUUCUGGGGCUGCAAGCGGCCACGGAGCCCGCAGCUCCACCGCUGCUCUCGAAGCGACUUUGGACCAGCGGUUUCGAGGAGUAUCCAACACUAUGGAGUCAAUACAAGGACUAUCAACCUGGUGCAUUGAAAACAAAAAGUACCACGGCCUUGUCGUUCGCUACUGGAUGAAGUGGCUCAAGAAAUCUGAUAACAAUCACCGCUUGAAUCUCUUCUAUCUGGCCAAUGAUGUGAUACAGAACUGCAAAAGAAAGAACGCCAUUGUGUACCGUUCAGCCUUCGCAGAAGUCCUUCCCAAUGCUGCUCAGCUCAUCAAAGAUGGGAAAGUCCGAAAGUCAGUGGAGAGGAUCUUUCAGAUUUGGGAGGAGAGGAGCGUGUAUCCUGAAGAUGUCAUCUCACAGUUCAAAGCCGGCUUGAACAAAAAGGAAAAAGAGCGAGAGAAGCAGAAGGAAAAAGAAAAGGAGCGAGAGAAGGAGAAAGUAAAGGAAAAAGAAAAGGAGACUCCUCCGACAUCUGCCCCGAUCAACAAAGCUGCCCAAAAGGCCAAGAUUUUAGAAGAAUUUACACCUAAUGCCCUCAUUGAGCAGUUGUCUAAGUAUAAGCGGGCAGUUGCAGAAGAGGAGUUCAGAGAGAAACAGCUGGCCACCCUCAGGGUGGAUGUCUGCAGCACAGAGGCCCUAAAGAGACUGAAAGACAAAGCAGGAGGGAACAAAUUUGCAAAGGACUUUGAGGAUGGGAGUCUGAAGCUGCAGGAGUUUGUUGGCUUCCUUGACAAAGAAUUGAAAAAAGGGCCUCCCCUACUGGAGGCUUUGGGAAAUGCUGACAUUUUCUACGAGAUGCAGUACAAGGAAGUUAAAAUUGUGGCCAAUGCAUACAGUGCGUUUGCCAACCGUGUGACCAGUCUCAAGAGGAAACUGGAUUCGCUAAAGGCAACUCUUCCUGGACCUGAGGACUCUCCCAUCCCCUCGCCAUCUGAGGAUGCCCCCUCUCCCACUGGCUCUGACUCCCCCUUCCUGGGACUGGGUCCUAGCAGAGCCCAGGUGGAUCCAGAACUGGAUGGCAAGGCCAUGGAUGAAGGAGAACUGCCAUGUGACAACAGGGACAUGGAGGACAUGGACAUGUCUGAUGAAGAGGCUGAUGGUGCCACAAUAGGGGCAGGUGAGAAGAAAGACAAGUUGUCUGCUGCUGUUACCAAGGCUACAAAGUCAGACACGGCAGCAAAGGCUCCGACCACACCAACUAAAGCUUCUAAAGCCAACACUACUGCGUCUGCCAUGGCAACCCCAGUGACCCCCACCUCUGGUCCAGUAACACCUCUGGGAGUGAAUCUGGAGAAAGUGGACCUGGGAAAGAUCAGCUCUAUUCUGAACUCGCUCACCUCUGCCAUGAAAAAUACAGCCAGCCCUGCUGGGCCAACUCCUGCAACGCCCACCACUCCUUCUGGCCAAUCAGCCUCCAAAGUGACACCAACCAGCCCUGCUCUGGCCAGCAUCUUGUCAAAAGUAGACAUCACACCUGAAGGCAUUCUCAAUGCUUUGUCCAAAACAAACUCACCUGGUUUGUCCUCUCUUCUGCAAAGUGUGACAAACUCAGCCUCUGCUCCCCCCAACCGAACCUCUCCAGAAUCAUCAACAGUAAAAGCUCUGCUCAGCCCGACUACCCCAAAACCUAAACCCACCCUGGGUAACAACCUUAAACGAGACACACCUGGGAGAGCCAGAGUCUGGGAGAAAGAGAGACAGCUGUCCCCUCCUCCUCCACCCCCUCCUCGUCCUUCUGUCCCUUCUGUCUCACCCCCCAGUCUAGAGUCAAAAAUCAACAGUUUCCUGCAGGGUAAUCCAGGCUUUAGUCUCGCUCUUGGUGACGUCAGUCCUGACGGGGUAGAUGGGACCCCGGUGAGAGACGAGGCUGCUGGCACUCCCACCCAAGAUGAGAUUAUGGACACACCAGGGAGUGUACCAGAAUCUCUGGCAUCAUCUGGAGGUCAUACGCUCUCACCUACAGCUUACCGUGGUGAACCUUGGGAUGCUGUGAUAACACCAUCAGGAAGCAACAGCAACGGUGACUUUGUGAGCUCGUCCUCCUCUUCUCGGUAUGGGAAGAGUGGAACAAAAUCAAAAGAGGAUGAAGUGAGGAAGCAGGUCUCCUCCUCACCUAGUAAUGACAAAAAAGAUAGACAGGACAGCCAGCUAAGGACUCUGGGAAACAACAGAGGGUUGGGAGAAAGGAGACUCUCUGCAGGCUCUCGUAAGACGAGCACCGGCUCAGACGAAAGUGGUCUGAGUGGAAAACGAGAGGAGAAGGGAAAAGGUGAAGAGUCUCCUGUAGCGGAGGAAAAGGAAGGCCAGUAUCAUCGUAUUGAGACGCUAGUGUCACCCUGCACUGAAGGGGCACCCAUCCAAACUCUAGGCUACUCUAAUCGCCCACUCACCGGAGAGCGCAUCAAGACAGUAGAGAGCAUCCGUGUAAUUGGGCGAGGCUCUCGGAGAGGUGGUGGGGUUGGCGGUCGGCCAGGGGGAGCAAUGUGGUAUGAGGAGGAGGAAUAUAUGGAAGCCAUGGAAGCUCAGUCCUCCUCACCUGAUGACCCCGCCCCUCCUAUGAACACUGAAGACAUGACCCCCAACAUGCCUCCCCCUCUUCCACAUCUCCUCCUGGCACAUCCUCCCCCUCCCCCGUUCCCAAUGCCCUACCACACAGACAGCCUGCAGUCUCCGCCUCCAUCGCUCCUCCACCAUCCUCCUCCCACAUCCCCUUUCUUCGCCGUUCCUCCUCCCAUCCCUCGACCUCCUCCACCUCCUAUGCCACAGCGCCUUUCUCCACCACCUUCCCAUGCUGUGGUGCCCUCUGCGGUCAUGGUGGGGGGAGUGUUGGUCCCUGUGGACCGUUCUCUGACUCUUCCUCUCCCUGUUAGACCUGAAGGUGCAGAACGAGGUGGGUUGGCACCCAGAGGAGGCAAAGUAGGCCCUCCACCCCUCAUGCCUUCACUGCUGGGCGAGCCCCCUAAGCUGCUCCGCCCUGGCACAGUUAAAGAACCUUUCUCUCCCCGCCAUGCCCCCCCUCUGCUCCGCCUCCCAGGUAACCCAGGUGUUCCUCUCCCAUUGCUGGGCAGAGUGAAGGAGCCUUUAAAUCUACCUCUUCCUUCUCCCUCUCCCUCCCCCACAUCCUCCACCCCCUCACCCUCCACCCCCAACUCCCCUGCAGUCGACACAGUCCCCUCUCGCCUACCUGCCCCUUCUCUCCACAAGCCCCCUGCUAGUCCACCGGCUCAGUCCCGCAACCAAGCCCCUAACCCCGUUCCCCUCCUCAACCUCCCCACUACCCGUCCCCCAAUCCUCUCUGCCCCCAUCCCACAGAGACCUCUGCUGCGAGGCCGAACACCCUCUCAGCAUCAUAACCAAGAUCGUCAAACAGGGAGGUUUCGUGGGGGCAAGCGAGCUGGUGGUCCUUAUACAGGUGGUCCCUUCCAUGCACAGAAGAGACCCUUCUUCCCCCCUCGCUACUGAAGUGGUCAUCUAUGAAAGGCUGAAGUACAAACAACGCUGCACUAAAAUGCAGAGUGUGUUUUAGCCCUGCUGGUAUGAGCCCAGAUAUCUUAACUCUGUCAAACAGUUUGAAUUAAAACUACCUUAGGUUUUGUGUAAAUAGCUGAUUAAAACUUCAUGCUUCAGCUAGACAGCCAGACAGUCAUCCUACAGUGUACAGUCCAGCUAUGAGGUUAUCAGUUACAGAAAAGAGUGUUGUGUAACAACCUCAGUCUAUCACGUUUUCCUUCUCCUCAUAUACACUAGAUUAGUGGCAUCAGGUGGCACAAGAGUGGCAUCAUUUUCAGAACAAACCUUGAAAUAGACAAUAACAGCAGUAAUCAAAAAAACAAAACAAAACAAUUUUAUUAAGUUUGCCUACCUUUGUCAUUUUUGAAUACGUGACCUGAGAGAGCAGGAGUGUAAAAGAGUCAUGUGUAUGUUUAAUGUGUUACUGGGUAAAGAACAUAAAAGCAGCAGUUUGAUGUUUAAGGAAAUCAGCUCAUUUGGCUUCUUACGAUUGAUCUUACCAUACAAAAUUAACCACAGCGGGCAAAGUGUAUUGAGCCUAUGCCCUAAUUUGCAAAAUACAAAGGGAACUGACUGGCAAAACCAGGGGCUUGAACCAAGUUACUGCCACUAACCAAAGUACCUACAAGCUUAACGAUUAAACACCGUAAUCGCUCAGAUAGUCCACAGAUUCUUGUGUCAGUUAGGAGCAGAUACUGAUGUUUAUGGAAAGUUCAGAGACUGUUGUGUUAGUUUUCCUUACAUCUUCUUGCACCUCUCCUCAUCUGCUCUGCAAAUCUGAUUGAAGGCGCUGCGGUUUUACCCCUAAAUCCACUAGAUGCAUGUUCGGUCUGUCUCCACUCUGUUCCGGAAACAAAGCCAAUAGGUUUCACUUUUAAUCAAUCAGAGUGCUUCCGCUGGCUCCACUGUAGACAGCCUCUGCUCCAUCGCAGCUCUGGCAGUCCAGAGCCCUCUGCAGCAGAUACGCUGCACUUCUAUUUUGACAGACCACUGUGCAUCAGUUUAGCACAGAAAAGAUAGAGUGAGGCAGGAAGUUUCACCAAAACCAAAUCAAAAUAUCCAUUUAAAUUUCUGAAUAAAAUACUGAGUGUUGAUGCUAAACAAAUGCCAGAUCGCAUUUCACUUUCCUGUAUCAACAAAAUACAUAAUGGGGCAUAGCCAAGCCGAGAGUCAACAGGUUAAAGGGACAAGAAGAAUCGUUAAAGUUAAUCUAAACUGUACUUUUCAGGCACAUUAAAAUAAUCUAAGUGCAUUUAUGUACAAAUAGGGCACUUUCUCAUGGUAAAAGCACAAAUAUCUAAAUGAAAGGACAAAAAAAGAGACAAAUCCAAGUAAGUUCACUUUUCUCAAACUCCUGCAGUUUGGAAAAAUAGCUUCACGAGUGUUUAUAGCACUUUAAUAGUAUCUUUCUUGCACGUCUGUGUACAUUCUGUAAUUACUGCGUGAACUCCUCUGUCUCUGGGCAGAGCAGUUUGGUGAUACUGUUCAGUGCUGUGCAUUGAAAACGUAGUAAGUGUUGACUGAUGGUGGGACAUGCAGUCCAACUGCAGCGCAGUGGUGACGGACUGGAGACGGACCGAAUGGAAGUCCGGGGUUAGUCAACAAAGUUGUCAAUCAUGGAAUAAUGUCCACUCUCUAAAACAAAACUACUAUGAAAAAUGAACAAUUGGACAUAAAUCAGCAUGAUAGCUAAAUUACAACAGAAUCUCUAACCUGAUGUGUUUAAACUGCAUUGUUAGACCUGUGUCCCAUCUGUUAACAUGGAGGUUUCAGGGGUAUAACCUAUACCGCAGCCCCUCAGUAGAGGGAGCACUAAAUAUUUUGGCUUCACAGCCAGGCAGCUGUUGGUGAAUCUUCUUAUAAAAUCUGUUUUGUACUAAAUCUAGGAGGAGAUGAUUAACACAACUCUAUCUUUACAUUAAAAAACAAAGUCUAGCUCAACUUCACAUAAAAACUGGAAUCCAAGAAGCUUGUCUGCAACUAUCUGUAUUGAGAAGAUUAAAAACAACACUGACACCUCUGAAUCUCAAGAGAUUAAUGCUCACAACUAUGACUAUAAAUUAAUCUGCUCAUUUACUCCAUACAGAAGUUGAAGUUUAACAAUAAACAGUGAAAGUUUGAAUUCCAUAUCAAUAAGACUUUUGAUCACUGCUAGCAGCUACUAAAAAGCAGGUUACCUUAUAAGAUGAUUAUGUUAUCUGAUUGCCCUAUUUCUAGUGUUUAUGCUGAACUAUGCUUACAAUAUCCUCUACCCUAGCAGCAUUUUAAAAAGACAACAAAGGUCAAUGGUAUUUCCCAAAACAUCAGACUGUUCUUUGAAAGUGUUUGACUGAUGUGAUGAAAGGUUUUAGAUAAGCUUUUCUUUAUCUGUGAGUGUUCGGGUGUGUUAUGUGUCCUAAGAUGGUGUCUUUAUUUCAAAUGACAACAUUUGUGUUCCAGCCUAGGUCAAUGCUUGUUCUCUUUUUUCCAGGGUUCCUGCUGUAAAUAGUGUUUUUCUUGCUCAAUCUUUCUACCUUCUAUCUCUUUCACUGUAUAUCUCCUUAGCUUGUAAAUAUAAAAAAACUAAGAUGAUACAGCAUUUUCUCUUCAAGCUCUUGUUUCUGUUAAUGAGGACUUUGAUCAGCACUCACGCUCGCCGUAUUUACUGUGAUCGCGGCCUUGGAUAAGCUUUAGCCCCAGAAGAAUUUCUCUGCAGUGUCAGUCACUCCUGCAGAAGCGGAAGGAGAAGAUAAUGCUGUUUUCUUAUUUCCAUCAUAAAUGUCUGCCUGUGCGCACUUCAAGUUAGACUGAGUCAUGAAGAUACUCAGUAGUGGAUGGAGGGUGGGGGGAGGUAUUUAAGCUUGAACCACACUCACACUUGGCUUCAAAGUGUACUGACUUGAAUAAAAUCCAGAGUUUCAAUUCAACUGGGGGGGAGGUACUUUAUUUGGUCGCUAUUCAUGACUUGAAUUGCGCCGUUGUAAUCUAAUAGCGCUGUUCAGCUGUUUUUGUUUCUGUCUUUUUCACCAUAGAAACAGUCUUCACAUAGCAACCCAGCUGCUGCUGUUCAUAUUGCGUUUUCAUGAAUUAACUUUUAUUAUUUUGGCUGUACUUGUGUACCUGACUGAAUCAGCCAUUUUCACUUUGCAGCAGCCAUCACAGAUGGUGUUGGGGGGGGGGGCAAAAACAUUUCAGCUAAUUGGGGCUAUUUUGACAGUAGUGCAUUGAAAUAAUCCAGCUGUUUUGGCGCUGUCCCUUGUUUUGUUUCUUUGCUAUUUUCUUUCUUUUGACCUCAACCCCCCAUGCUUACCAAAGCACUCACAUGGAGAGGGGAUUAUCUCUGAUGUGAAAGUACAUUUCAUCAAGAUGCACCUGCAUACGUUCCUCUAUGAAACUGAGGACUAGAUACAUUGUAAAAAUGUAAUAAUAAGGAACUCAUUUGUCACUACAGUUUUGGCACAUCAUCAGAGUUCUGAUUUUUUUUCUGAAUGUUUUAAAAGUCUGUCACCAGCCUCUGUUAAGUGUGUGUUUAUUAUGUGCAUAAUGACAAACCCAAUUCUAUGCACAGAGAGCAAGCUUUAUUCAUUUUUGUAAACUCCCUCCUGCCUACCAAGUACCUACAAAGUUCACCAUUUUAGUUGUCCCUGUACAUAAGCUUUCAACGUUUUUCUUCACCUCUGACUAAUUGAGUUUGAAAUUGAGCUUGUCACAUUUCUGAUUGCCUGUGUACACUGGAACAGUUGAA